AUGGGAUCGAACAGAUUGUCUUCAUUACAAUUAUUCAUCGUUGUUGCUCACGAAGAUGGAAAAGAGAGUUCGGUACCAUUGGAGAUAUUCGUGGAGGAUGUUAACGAUAACGCACCGAUGUUCACACAACCGCUCUAUACGGCCACCACAAAGGAGGAUAUUGCUAUCGGGAAGACCAUUCUUACAGUACAAGCUGAUGACAAAGAUUCUGGAGAGAACGCUCUGGUAGCGUAUAGUAUCGAUGAUCAUAAUUUUACGAUAAAUGAUCGCGGUGAGAUUUCGGCGAGAAUGCGAUUGGAUGCCGACCAGUUCCGAGAGAGAUUCUUCAUUUAUCGUUUCAACGUUACUGCCGAAGACCGGGGCGAUCCACCACUGAGAUCAUCCGCUACG